UCUCAAUUUGUUGUGACCAUCGUUCUACUUGGGAUUAUAAGUGGCGUUACUGACAAUACUUCGGCAUCCUUUGGAUUCUCAGCACCAUCUUCAUCUACUCUCCCUGCCGUCCCAGACUCCGUUCACCAUGGUGCACAAGAUACUCAAUAUUUAACUCCAUCCAGUGCUGCUAUUUCGGAUCCAAAUUUACCGGUUGAUGCGGACUCUGUUCUCGAUCCCUCGGUAUAUUCAAAAAGCGAAAAACUUCUAAGAUACGCUCUCAGUGCGUUGCAAUAUUCGGAUAGAAGCACUGCUAUUCGCUAUCUCUCUCAGGCACUUAACCUUUUGCAGACUGGCCGUGAAUGA